AUGGUUGUUGCGAGCUUUGAUUGUACUUAUCUGACUAGUACAUCUAACCAGCUCAUCUCAAAGUGGUCGAGUGAAGUCGAAGCAGAGAGUGGCAGCUCGGCGGCUAUUUUCGAUGAUACCAGUAUGAUUUUUUUGCCGCCGAUGAAGCCGGAAACGUUAAAGAUUAUUUUUGACCUUGUAUCUGUUGAAGGCCCUGGUAGCUGUGAUACUGAAGAACUAGCUUGUCAGCUAAAAGUUUGUCUGCAGAAUGGACUGAAGUUUUGGGAUCAAUUAUUUUAUGAAUUACAAUUUUCAUCCAUAGGUGGAACUAUACAGCUCGAUUUGACUUGUCAGGUGUGGAACUCAGAGAAAGCCUGCACGCUAUUGCAAAAACCGCUCGAGAAUCGUCCGCAUGUGAGGAAUUUACCUCACGUAUGUGUCCUGAAGGAACUCAGAAUCGAUGUGGACAUGUGCUUCUCCUGCGAGCCAUAUCUCCUGAUUGACGAAAUUUUACUGCAGCUGAACGAAUAUCUCUGUUCAUUAUUCAUUUCUCAGUUGGAAUUCCGCUUUCCGCUCGUGUUCUCAGCCACCGCGAGAAAGCGAUUUAUGUCUCAGGAAUCAGCGCUUGGUCCAAUAUCGUAUGCGCUAACCAACUCUUCCGCCUUGUUGCCAAUUCUGACCAAACUUAUCUCGGAUGAUACCACCGCGACAACAGUCUAUCAAGUUAUGAAAUACCGGAAACGUCACACCAAUCAUAUUUCGUUCCAGAUAGCUAAGCGUCAAUAUGAUGGGUAA